AUGGAUAACCUAUUGAAAGAUUUCGCAGAAGAUGUGUUGAAGAUUCCUGAUGAUAUGAAAGAAUAUUUUAGCUGGCCUGCACCAGCUGGAAAGAGCAACGACAUUCUCGCUAUAAGAGUGAAAAUAUCCUAUUCUUUCUGGAAGUAUUUCAUGACCACCGGUAGAAAGUACUUGUUUGAACACAAUAAAAGUAAUGGUACGAACAUAGUAAUUUCACGAGAAAAGACCAUUACUUUGCAAGACGAGGAUCGAUUAGGAUUGUACAUAAGAAAAACAUUACGCGAACUUUAUGCCAGUAAGAACAAAAGAUGUCCUGAUAUAAGUAUGAGGAGAAGUACGCUAAAAAUUGGAAACUAUGAGCCAAUGAAGCCUGCAUUGGCCGCAAUCCUAAUGGACAUAGACUUGAAGGGUUGGGGUGGUCUCCCCAUUAUCUCUUUACUAAGCGACGAGGACAAAGAAAAACUAGAGGUUAGUCUACAAAUUAGAUGAUA